GGGGCGGGCCACUGGCGCCCGACCUCGGCGGAGGGAGGGAGGGAGCCAGGGGGCAAGCGCUGGGGAGCAGCAUGGAGCCCUCCGCAGACAGGCUGGCCACCGCAGCCGCCCAGGGCCGGGCCGACGAGGUGCGGGCGCUGCUCGUGGCUGGGGUGCCGCCCAACGCGCGGAACCGCCAAGGUCGGAGCCCGAUUCAGGUCAUGAUGAUGGGCAGCACCCGCGUGGCCGAGCUGCUGCUGUGCCACGGCGCGGAGCCCAACUGCGCCGACCCUACCACCCUCACCCGACCUGUGCACGACGCGGCCCGGGACGGUUUCCUGGACACGCUCGUGGUGCUGCACCGAGCCGGCGCGCGGCUGGACGUGCGCGAUGCCUGGGGCCGCCUGCCCGUGGACCUGGCUGAGGAGCGGGGCCACCGCGCUGUCGCCGGGUACCUGCGCGCAGCCGCGGGGGGCACCGAAGGUGGUAGCCACGCCCUUAUGGAAGUUGCGGAAGGUCCCGGCAGACAGCCCGGACUUAAAGAAUGAUUGAGAUCUAAAGACACCUCAAAAUGGUUUGAUCUUCAGUCAACAAGUAAAUUACCCCACUCCACCCAACUUGCCUGCCUUCUUAGUUGCCAUUUAUCAAAUAGCGCUUUUUAACACUGUAGACUGCUUCUCCUUCCCCUAGA